GAACGAACUAGACGCUGAGAAAAUGAGCGGCCGCGGAAAAGGAGGAAAGGGACUCGGCAAAGGAGGCGCCAAGAGGCACCGCAAAGUGCUCCGUGAUAACAUCCAGGGCAUCACCAAGCCCGCCAUCCGCCGUCUGGCUCGCCGCGGCGGAGUCAAGCGGAUCUCCGGUCUGAUCUACGAGGAGACUCGCGGGGUGCUCAAGGUCUUCCUGGAGAACGUGAUCCGCGAUGCCGUCACCUACACCGAGCACGCCAAGAGGAAGACCGUCACCGCCAUGGACGUGGUGUACGCUCUGAAGAGGCAGGGCCGCACCCUGUACGGCUUCGGAGGCUAAACCCGAUCCUCUAACAACACAACAACCCAAAGGCUCUUUUAAGAGCCACCCAA